CUAUUCCUUCAAGGGGUGUCCAAGAACGGGCUGGCGGCGUUGUUGGCGGGUCUUCGAAUACAACAGCAUUAGCACACAACCGAAGCCGACGCGUCUGCCUUUGGAAAACAAAAGUUCGCGACCGUCACCCUGGUACCCAAGUCAUGGCUUGCAACUCAUUGCAUAUCGCUCGGCGCCAUAUGAGAGUUUCAUUGCCGACCCAGUUCGGGCUCGAUGCCUUGUGUUGCGACUUGCUCGUUAAUUCACCCAGCGGACGCAGCCUCCGGAUCUUAUUUAUCAACGUCCACCUCAACUCGUUGCCAAUCAGGCCUUCGUGGAGACCACAGCACCCUGCCGUCGCUGCCUCUUAUCUUUCCGCAGCCGGCCGUGGGCUGGUCGCGGGCGACUUUAAUCCGCUUUUCGCCGAAGACGACAUCAUUUGCAGCAACGGUCUCGUGAACACCUAGGCUCCGCUUUAUCCAAGCGACACGGGCUUCACGGGGGGUGUAUACGGUGAACACGCUUUCCCCCAAGCCGGCUCGACAAAGUUGCACUGUUCAACCUGGCGCUUUCAAGCAUGCGUAUCUUGCGGACAGGCGAACCGGACAGGUCGGAUACAGGGGGUAGUGCAAGCAUGGGUUCGGAUGCCUGGGCGCAUUUCAACGAUCAUUUCGGUCU